AAAAUCAGCUGUGUAGAUAGACAGUUGGAUGAGAAAUCGUUUGAAUAAAGGAGCUCUGUUAUUUUCUUCAUUUUAAAAAAUCCCUUGAAGAUACCACUGCAAAUUAUAACAUUUACUCUGGCAUUAGAAUGCAAUGGUGCAAAAUAUUACCGUAAAUUUGUAUGGCAUUUAAAUCAUUGUUCAGAGUUAUGGAUAAGAUUUCUCUCUCUAGCGGCUAUUCAAUGCCAGUACUUGGUCUUGGAACAUGGCAGGCAACACCUGAGGUUGUUAGGGAUGCCGUACUAAGUGCACUUGAAAUAGGCUACAGGCACAUUGACACUGCUUAUAACUAUAAGAAUGAGGCAGCUAUUGGAGAAGCUCUUCAAGAAUGGUUAAAACAAGAAGGCAAUAGAAGAGAAGAUAUCUUUAUCACAACUAAGCUUCCUCAUUAUGCUAAUCGACCAAGCGAUGUGGCUGUGUAUUUGCAAAAGUCUUUGAACGAUCUUGGACUGAGCUACGUCGAUCUGUAUCUAGUUCACAUGCCUUUCACAAUGAAAGCAAAUGAGGCUGGGGAUGCGCCUGCCUUGGCUGAGGAUGGAACUGUCCUAUUGGAGCAGUCCGAUCACUUAGCCGUUUGGAGGGAAAUGGAGAAACAGGUGAGUGAGGGCAGAGUGCAUUCAAUCGGCAUUUCCAACUUCAACCAGCGACAAGUGGAGCGUCUGUGCAAUGAGGCGAGCGUAGCGCCCGCUUGCCUGCAGCUGGAGAUGCAUGCAGCCCUGCAGCAGCAGCAGAUGAGAGACGUGUGUGUCAGCAAGAACAUUGCGCUCACCGCUUUCUCGCCUCUCGGGUCGCCUGGCUCCAAACAACACUUCAAAUCCAAAUAUCAACUUGAAUUCACUUGCCCUGAUCUGUUGAGCAAUGAAACAGUGCUGCAACUGUCCAAAAAGCAUCAAAGAUCGCCGGCUCAAAUACUCCUGCGACACCUUGUGCAACUGGGAGCUGCAGUCAUCCCAAAAAGUACCAGUCCACUUCGUCUGAAGGAAAAUUUUGAGAUAUUCAAUUUCAACUUGUCUGAUGAUGAGAUGUCCGAAAUGGAAAAAUUGGAUAUCGGACACAAAGGCAGGAUUAUAAAUUUUCUUUUCUUUAAAGGGCAAGUACCUCAUAUUUUAUCAAUAAUUAUUUUUUCCUCCACCUACUGUCUAAAGUACUUACUUUAC